AUGUCCUUGACUCCUAUAUCUACACCCACGAAAAAAAGAACCAUUACAGAUAUAUCAAACACAUACACUACUAGCAAUAAAGUCGGACUACCUUUGACUCCGACAAAAACACCAACAAAGAAGCAGAAACUUGAUGUCAGAUCAUCUCAGGUUGAAGAACCUUCGUGCAGACGGAAAUUGAUAUUCACUACUGCAUCGACACCAACUAAACUGCCACUGCUCCUCGAGACUCCAAAAUCGACGCCAACUUCAUUAUAUUCGCAAGCCAAGGCAUUGUUUCAAAGGGGUAGCAAGAGCGAACAAUUGAGUCAGGAAUUACAGCUACCUAGUCGUGAGAAGGAAGCUUCCUUCGUCAAUAGUUUCAUUCUCAAGAAUUUGCAAUCAGAGCAAUCAAAUAGUUUAUACAUUUCUGGUCCUCCAGGAACAGGGAAAACAGCACAGGUCAAUUUGAGUUUACAGAAAUAUGAGCAUGACAAGAGUAUAAAGAUUGUACGAAUCAAUUGUAUGACUUUGAAGAAUCCUGAACUGGUUUUCCAUGAAAUCUACGCAUCUUUAAUCAAUCAGCUAAGUAUAUCAUUCACCAAAAGGAAAAGCUACGACGAUUUAUACAAAAUAGUGGACAGUGACAACAAUUUCAAACACAUUGUGCUAUUUCUUGAUGAAUUGGACUCAUUGUUGACCCAGAAUCAGCAAGUAUUAUUCAAACUAUUCCAAUUGGCCAAUUCACAAAGUAAGGUGACAACGAAAACAAAAGUAAUCUUGAUUGGUAUAUCAAACACCCUCGAUUUGAACAACAAGUUUCUUCCCAAAUUGUUUACUAACAAUAUGAUUCCGGAAUCUGUACAAUUUCUACCAUACUCAGCAGCACAAAUUAAGUCGAUUAUAACAGCAAAACUAGCCAAAUUUUCAACUACUAUCUUCCAUCCCGUUGCACUACAGUUUUGUUGCCAAAAAGCCGCUUCCAUCUCAGGAGACUUACGUAAAGCUUUCGAUAUCUGCUACAAAAGCAUUGAGUUAUUGGAGAUGGAACAACGCGACAACUGCGUAGUCAGCGAUGCAAAUGUCAAGCCAGUCAUGAUGUCACAUGUUGCAAAGGUAUGCGCCCAGUUGUUUACAUCAAAUACACCCUUGUCGUCACUUAGUGUGUUGCACAAGUCGAUAUUGUGCCAUCUAUUCAACUUUCAGUUGAUCAAAGGUACCAUCACAAUCAAUCUGUUUUAUGACCACUUCAAGAAACAACAACAAGAUGACCAGAUGCUGCUGAAACUUUUGGGAGUCGUGAAAUCAAGUGAGUUUUUGGAGAUGUUGACAAUGUUGGAGAGUAACAAUUGUAUUGUUAUGGAGUCACUGGGAUUCCAUAAUGAUAAUAAUAAAAAGAUGGUGAAGUUAAAUGUUGAUUAUGAUGAAUUGGCAAAGUCAAUUGAAGGUAUUGGAUUUUUGAAGAAAUUGUUGAAACACUCAAGAGGUUAG